AUGCAACACUCCUAUUUUAUUAUACUUAUUGUAAUUGCUAAACGUAUUAUUGAUCAUGUACGAAAUGUAACUUCAUGUCAUAAAUCUUAUCAACGAAUGAAAGAAUAUGUUUUAAUAUUAAUUAUUUCGAGUAUAAGUCAAAGAAUUGAUUGGCUUAUAGGUCCGUUUAUACUUGUUUUUGGUUUUAUAACUGGUCAUAUUCUAUCAUGA